AUGAACUGGCUUUUACAAUCUCCUAUGAGCUGGAGUGAGAACAAUGGAGAUCAGGGUGAAUUCUUAUCUUCUGUGAUGUCAACUGCAGAAGCUUUGAACAACAUUAUUCUUAAUGUAAAUAACUUGAUAUACGUUUUGAAAGAUUCAGCAAACUCAACACUGCGCUCAGGUAAAAAAUAAAUAGAUCUCACAAAUAGUGAAAAUGAGCGUGUUGCAAAGUAUAUCAAUGGAGCAUCACAAGCUCUUAAUCGAAUUGCAUUAGACUUUUACAUGAUUUCUCCAAGUUUUAGUUCUCCAUCUGCACCUUCAAUAGUCAAAUCUGAAGAUGAAGAAAAGAGUGUCGCUCCAUUUAAAGAUGAUUUUGAUUAUUUGAAUAGCCUUAAUCUCGCAAUAUGCAUGAGUCUAAUAAUUAUAGAAUUUAAUCCUAUAAAUUUGGGGAUAUUACUCUAUAAUCCGAAUGCAAAUAUUUUAAGUUAGCAUGCUUAAAAGUUUAAUUUUAAAAUUAUUUAUUGAUUCUGAUUAAAAAAUAUAUGUUAUAGAUUAAAGGAAUAGUUAGUGGAAUAAAUAGCUCGAUUGACAUAGAUUUAUAUGCUGAUCCUGAUUGUCUAUCGAUUGGAGCCAAAUUUGAGACAUUAGAAGACGCAUUGUAUACUUUUCAAAAGUAUGCAAAUAAGAAAGGAUUCAACAUCUGCAAAGGAAACAGCUGGUCAAGCACAGGUCGCAACCAGACACCCCCACCCCACCCCUAAAAGUGGUACCCCAGCCCCCCCUUUUUAAUGUACCCCCACCCCCCCUUUUAAUGGCAUCCCCACUCCCCUUUUAAUGGCACCCCCACCCCCCUUAAUAUAGCAUAAAUAUAUGACAAAUGCUAAUUUAGAGCAGGCAUAAUAAAUAAAUUAUUUUUUUAAAUAUUCAAAAUUACUGAUUUAUACAAUAUCCACAUAGCGUAGCACAAUCGAUUAAGGAGUAGGUGGAACGGGGUGAGAAUUUCCUAUAACUACUAAGCACACCACAUAUGAAAAAAUUUGUUAACAAGCAUAAUAAUGAUCUUUGGUAUUAAUUAGCAGUAUAUCCUGCAUAUAUUUAUGAACUUUGUUGAAAAAUGGCUAAAGAGUCGAAUUAGAGAUCCAAAAGUAAAAUGACAAUAGCAAAUACUAUUUUAUUAGUACUAUUGAAUCCUGUUACCAAUUCAGUCCUGCAAUCCUUAUACAAUGGGCAUCAGAUUAGCUUUAAUUUAUGAAUCAAUAAAUUUUAAUGCAAGUUAUUGUAUUGUGCUUGGCUCAUUUAAUAAUUAAUGCCAUUAUCUAUAUCUUUUGGCAUUAUAUAUAUAAAUAUAAAAAAAAAAUUUAAUAUAUUUUCUAAUUAAUUGUUAAUUAAUUUAAAUUUAUUAAUUAAUCAUAAAUAUUAAAGUAAUUUAUGGACUUAAUUUAUCAAUAUAGUGUUUUAAUUGGAUUAUUUUUAAAUUAUUCUUCUUGUUUCUAAUCAAUUACUUCUAUAGAAUAAACCCUUUAUUUUUUGAGGGGGGUGCGGGGUUUCCUUAUUGGGCGGUGGGGGUCUCUGGUUGCGACCUAUGCUUGACCAAACAGCAAGCAAAAUGUAUAUCAAGAAUACGCCUGCUCAGCUCGUGGAAAAGCCAGAAAAAGAGAGACAGAUCGCAAAAGAAACCGAAAAAGCACGAAAACUAUGUGUAAAUGCCACAUAAUUUUAAGGAAAAAAGAAGAUUGCUGGACUGUAACCACAAGCAAGCUUGAACACACUCAUAGUUUAUUGACUGAAGAGCAAAUAAAGAUGACAGCGAAAAAUCGCUACAUUCCUGACCACAUUAAAGCACAAGCAAUAGCUCUUUAUCAAGCUGGAGAAUCCCCUGCUAAAAUUCAAUAUUUCUUACUAUUUCAUUAAUAAUGAAAAUAUAAUUGUUUUUAAUUAUUCUACAUAGCAAACUAAAAAAUAUUUUUUAAUUAAAUUAAAAGGAAUCAACACUUUUAAAUUAAAAAAUUUGAAAUAUAAAAUAAAAAAGAUAUUGAUUUAUAUAUUAUGCACAUAUAUAAUGCUUUGGCAUUAUUGUAGGAAGGUCUCCACAUGUCAGGACAUUUCUCACAUGUGGAACCUAAAUACCACAUGUGGAGCCACUCAAAUAUGGGAUUUGGGUUCUAUAUUUAGGAAAUUACCCCUCCCAAAAUAAUACCAAAGCAUUAUAUAAAUUAUUAUUAAUAGAGAGAAUUAGAAAAUGAGUAUCAAGAAUUAUGCACUUGGUCCAUGAAAGAUCUAUACAACAUGCUUUACCGUCGCCGAGAAACAAUCAAAGAAGAGAUUUCUUCAUACUAA